UUCAUUAUUAAACUAAGGCAAAAUAAAUACAUACAAAUAAAAGUAUAAAAUAUAUAUAUGUAUGAUUUGAUCUAAAUUAAUCUAUCAUUUACUGUAUUACAAUUUUUUUACGUUUGUAUUUAAAUUUUUACAGCUAAGAAAUGUUUUUAAAGCUGGAGUACAAGGUUUUUAUUCUAGAUAGAAAUUUAUUUCGCCCUUGAGCGUAGGUUAGAUAGAGCUGUCCACGAAGGAGAAACGAUAGCCGAUCAGCCACUGAAAGAUUGGAUUGGAAAGAAGAAUCUCCAUUCCUCGUACGACUGGUUGAAUUCUAAUGAGAAUCCCAAAGUGACUAACGGUGGAAAUACAUCGCUUCGUGAUUACGAGCUUGCUCGUGAAAGUCUCGUUAAUUCUGGUAGUAUAGAAAUAAUUAAGAUCUUCGGAAUAUUGAUUUUUUAAAUAACAUGUUAAAAAAUUUCUCAGACUUAAGCAAAGACGAAAAAUUAGAUACCGAUACUAACACGCGAGAUCAAUUAGAAGUUGUAUCAUUGCACGAUCCAACGUAUGAGAAUAAUUUCCAGAGAUCUCCGGUUGCAAUCAGAAACGGCAAAACCCGAAGUGCAUCGCCAUCGCUGGAAUCUUUGAAGGAAACUGUGCUAGGAUUAAAAAAUAGUUUGAUGUUGGGCUAUAAGAGAAAAAAUACAAUAUCGAGAGGUAAUAUUUGCUGGUAAUAUUAUCACAAUUACCGUCAUUGCAUAUAAUCAAUUUUUUAGGCGACUCUAACUGGUGGAUUGAGCCAAGAUCUACAAUUGAAAUAUACGAUCUUGGGGGAGAUCUCGAUGGCUAUGUGGGUGAACCGAUACAAAGGCUAAAGAGUGCAAAAAAUGAUAUAGAUAAUGAAGAUGAAAGCGAUUCAAAAACUUUUCAGAGAGUAAGAUUCAGAGAAUCAGAUUUUGGGGAACAAAAUUCAAAAGAAUCACACAAUCGCAGUAAACGUAGUAGAAGGAGUUUUGUCACAGAUUUAAAUUGUACAAGGUGUCAAAUACAUUUUCCUGAAAAUAAUAGCUAUCAAAAAACCCAAAAGAUUGAAGACGUUCUCGAAAAUGUAACUACGAUACGAAAUACCGAAGAAGUCGUCACGAAAUUGUAUUCUAAUUAUUUCAGCGGCAACGGAAACACGGUGAACGCUUCAAACAAAAUAAACAUUUCCGAUUUUCCGCAGAAUCUUUUAGACAAGAAACUUUUCUUAAAUAAUUAUUUUGGUAAUUUAACGACUAUCUCAACGACAGGUAACCAGACGAAUAUUUCUGGAUCGCAAUAUUCUUCGAAUACAGAGCUGUAUUUGAAGGAUUACUUCAUCGACGAUAAAUCAUUAUUUGUCAUAAAAACGGAUCUUCGAUCGCAUUCACCAGAACGCGAUUAUCAAAAUGAAGUUCCGAAGAACUCGAGAGAAAUUAGUCAACUGAGGUUUACAACUGAGAUGAUAUUAAAAGAUAUCAAUCAUACAGAGAGAGAGAAAAAUCGUACUAACAUGUCCGAUUUCGGAAAGAACGUAUUCAUCAAUUCGAUGCGUUUUUCGAUAGAUGCUGGUGUCGAUGAUUCGGAGAAGUCUCUGAAAAGUCGAAACGGCGAAGAGAAAUUAGGAGUCGCGACGCUAAAAGUAUCGCGACUCAGCAUGAAUGACGGACAAUCGAUGGGUGCGGAAAAAGAGUUUCCCCGGGGAAAUAUGUCGCAUGGCUUCGGUAUCGCGACAAAUGAAUCGCGCAGCUACGUUGUCGAUGCAACCGUAGCCGCGAGUGGAAGAGGAAUCGAAGCAGAUGAAAUGCGAAAGCAAAACUGCGAGCCGAUACCCGGUGUGAUCAAGGUCCUUGAGCCUCGAGGGCGUCCGUAUCAAAAGCAGAAGGCAGAGACGACGGCGAGAUUGUCUCUGGGAAUGGGAAAAGACGAAAUGUCCGUGGAAAAGAUGAAGACGAACGAAGUCGGCGAGUCAAGCAAUACAAAUGCAAGGGAGGACUCUUCGACUUUGCCGAUUGAUUCUGUCACCGAUGCGACAAUGAAACCGGAAGCCGCAUAUAUAAACACGUCUGAGACUGAUGAAUCGAUAAUGCUGAAGGAUCUCACUUCGGUGACUGUAGACAACGAUUUACAAAAGCAGCAACAGAUGGUUUCGCAUCUAAGUGAGGGGAACAGGAACACAAAUAAAUCGAAUGGAAAUUUGGACACCGAUAAAAUCGAUAUUCGUGUUCUCAGGUCAAACAGAAAUGAAACUAUGAAUGUAAAGGAAGGUAUUCAAACUGUAACGGAGGAUCACGAGUAUCAUAAAUCCAGUAAUAAUGUGCAGAGAAAAUUAUUAUGGAUUUCCGAGCCGACGAAUUCAGCCGACGGCGAUUUAUCGAUAAAAAACACGAAACCAGUUUUUAACAUCAUGACUGAAAGUCAUAUUGAAAAUGUCAUGAAUGAGAAUCAACAGCAAAACAAAACAACCGAUUCUGCAAACUUAAAAAACGUAUCGAGUACUAGAAUCAAACGUGAAGGUAAAGCUGAAGAAAAUCGUAUAUUGCAAGAUGUUUUAAAUUCUCAGAUUUCCGACAUAGAUCAUUACCCUCGUUACAAACGAUCUGUAUAUCCUUAUGAAAAUCUCGAAUCCAAUAAUGAAGCAGAGAAUAUGGCAGUCGAAAAAGAAGCGCCGAUAAAUUAUGAUGAGAAACAAGAAGGUAAUGAAGAAUAUCUAAUUCAGAAUGUCGAAGAUGGAGAUCUUGAUGGGAUCUAUGACAGAGAAGAUGAUGUAUUAGAAGAUGAUAAAGCAAUUGGAAGCAAGAGAGAAGGACAAUCCUCAUUUAGACAACAAGUCGAUCCUGUAAGAGCUAAAGUUGACAUGUUGAUUAAACAAAAGCUUGACAAAAAACACAAAGACAAUAGCAUUUACAGGAGAAAGAGACACAGUAUGUUGAACAUGAUAGAGUAUUACGAUUAUAAUGAUGACGAAGAGCAAAAACGCGAUGUACCAAUAAACGAGCAGGAGAUUCAAAACAAAGACAACAAACUUUCGAUCAGCACAAAGAUAAAGCGCGAUGGCAAACCGUCAUAUAAGACAGGUGGAUUAGGAAAGAAGAAGAACGAAAAUGCCGAGGCGAUGAUGAAAGAAAAAUUUAGAAAAACACAAGCAAAAAACAAGGAGCCAAAAGAAGAAAUCAUCGUCAAUCUUGGCGAACGUAAGAGUAAGACGAGCAAUCGAAACAAUAAGAAGCCACUUAACUCGUUAGGAUCUAGCUUCGAAAAUAUAUUCAACGAGGAAAAACAAUUAUCAACUAAGGAAAACUCGGAAAAGAUCCGCCAAAGCAAAGAUUUUGCGAAUGUUCAUAAUGAAGAAUUAGCUGCCAUAAAAUCGAAAUGGUAAAUCGGAUUAUUUUGAAAGUUAAUAAUAGUCAUAUCAUAUAAUUAUGAAUAGAUGCUAAUAUAACUAACACAGAUAUAUUUUAAGAUAUCUUUUAUUUUAAACAUAUAAAUUCGAUGCUAAUAUAACUAACACAGAUAUAUUUUAAGAUAUCUUCUAUUUUAAACAUAAAUUUACCUGAAUGCACAUAAGUGCAUGCAAUUUGAUGCUAUUAAUGUAUAAUCAAAAAACAGAUGUCUGACAGGUUAAACCAACCAUUUGAAGACAAAAUAGCAUCAUCGAAGAAGAAUUCAGAGUCACAAUCAGAAGACAGCUAUAUGAAAAAUCCAAAUGAACCUUUGAAAUAUAUAUCCAAUAUUGAAGAUGUAAAUCCCGAUGUAAAAACUAUUUUGUUGGAUAUUCUACCUAUCGAUAUUAUAGACCAGAGUAAGCAGUUUGGAUCAGAAGAUUUUUAUGAAGAUAUUGGAGACGACCAGUACACAAAUACUUUAAGUUAUUAUUUUACAUGCUACCCAAAACUUUGCGAACAACAGUAUUUGCAAAUACCUUAUAGUUAUUAACUAUUAUUCUAAGUGUUCUCUCUUUUAACUAGUCUUUGCCACGUAUCGGUUUUUAAAAUUAAAUUUUUUUUCUGUGUACCUUAAUAUUGUUUUUCGUCUUUGGCAAUUUUAUCGUGCGUUGAAAUAGUGUGUGCAUUAAAUUCUAUUAAAAAGUUACAUUGAGGAAAAAGUGUUUGAUAUUUGUGUAAUUGCAUAAAAUAAUUAUGGUUAAAGCUCAAUUUUUAUAAUUUUUUAUAAUUAUUACUGCUAAAAUAAUAAUCUUGAGUUAUUACUCACAGUUCCACUAUGAUAAAAUUUUUACUAUAAAUUAUGAUAAUUUAUAGUAAAAUAUCAACAUACACAAAAACAAAAGAAAUAUAUCAAGAAUGCUAAAAAUAAAAUAAACGUUUCUUUACAAAUAAAAACAAGAUUGCCUAUAUUCGAUUUGCAGCGGAUCUUUGUGCUGAAUAAUAAUUUUUCUGUAAAUUUAAUAUCUCUAACUAAUAUAAAUUGCACUUUGUCAAUCUUGAAGCAAAAUUAUUGACUAGAUAUCGAUAUUCAGAACUGUAAAAUUUUCUCUUUUUUCGGAAAAAAAAAACUGUAAAUGUAUUGCGGAAAAUAAUACUUCAGCCAAAAUUUAAACCGGGAUAUUAUUUCUAUAUAAUAAAUGCAAUCACAAUUAAAAUAUAAUUACUAAUUUUAUAUUUCGUUUACUAUUUAAGUAGUAAUAAUAAUUAACAGCAUUAAUAUGAAUCAUUUAAACAACUACAAACAUAUAGUUGACAUCAAAAAUUAUAAAUUAUAAUUAAAUUAUAAUAAUUUCAACCCAUUCUUUUCUCUCAGUGCCUAGAAGCAAUGUUUUCGACAAGCAAGUAAAAAAUUUGCUUUUUUUUACUUUAAAGAUAAACACCACCUUGCAGGUAGUUUCAGAAAUGAUCGAAUAUCAAUUAAAGAUGACUAUUGUUUUGAUCAUCCUUCGAUCAUCAUAAUGGGAAGCCAUUUAAAGAAUGCUUUUCUAUAGCAUUUGUUACAAAGUUUGUAACAAAAUUUAAGAUACACACGUUUUUAUUUAUUCAACGCAUAAUAAAAUUAAGACAUCAAACACAACAUAAAAAAGUCUAUAGAAAAACUUUUUUCGCGAACUUUUAGGUAACACUUUUAGAUAAAUUAUAACUGUUACAAUGUACGUUCGCAAAUUUUAAAAAUAUAUAUUCUAUAUGUUAUAAUAUAAUAUAAGGAAUAUAUUACAGCGUAUAGAAUAUUCAAAAUUUAACAAAGAGCAUUAUUUGCACUUUUCGGCCAAUUUUUAGCUUAUUUCCGCAUAGCCCUUAUUUCGUUCCGCGUGCCAUCCAAGUGCCGUUCAAUACUCAUCACUUAAUUAUCCUCUCUGUAGAUUUCCAACUGGUUUUCAUGUCAUUCAUAAAAUUUACUGUAUAAUAAGUAUAUCAUAUAGGCGAUAACAAAAGAAAAAUACUUAUUAGGAUUCAAACUUAGGUCUUUCAUUUAUGAAGUCACUCUGUCAAUGAGUCACAAUUAUUCCUUUUUAUUAAUACUUUUAUAUUUCGCUUACAAAUAUUAUGAAUAUAAUAUUGUCUAUAAUACUAACAUGCGUCUCUUCUGCGUUGUAUUUGGAUUGUAUGCGAAGCAAUGAGGUAAAAGAAAUAGUGCUAAACAAAACUAAGAUAAAAAGUACUAAAUUAUAAUUAAUAAGUUUAAUAUUAAGUUUAAUAUUAAUUUGC